GUUGCGGGGGGGGGGGGGGGGACGCUGGGGUUGGGGGGGUUGUUGGACUGGUGAGUUUUCGAGGUGAUAGUGCUGUGCUCGGUGAGGGGACGCCCAGAGAGCCCUCACGCGGGAUCACUCCGUCGCCGUUCUCCUCUUGUCUACGUGCUGGAGCCGGUGCUACCUUUUUACCCACACUUAAGUGACCCAAAAUGCCCUUCAAUGGCGAGAAGCAGUGUGUGGGAGAGGACCAGCCAAGCGACUCUGAUUCUUCCCGGUUUUCCGAAAGCAUGGCUUCGCUCAGUGACUAUGAUUGCUCCAGGCAGAGCUUUACAAGUGACUCCUCCAGCAAAUCCAGCUCUCCUGCUUCAACAAGCCCUCCAAGAGUUGUAACAUUUGACGAAGUGAUGGCUGCAACAAGGAACUUAUCAAACUUGACUCUUGCUCAUGAGAUUGCUGUAAAUGAGAAUUUUCAAUUGAAACAAGAGGCCCUCCCAGAAAACAGUUUGGCUGGUCAAGUGAAGCACAUUGUUCACCAGGCCUUCUGGGACGUCUUGGAUUCAGAACUAAAUGCUGACCCUCCUGAGUUUGAACAUGCCAUCAAACUGUUUGAAGAAAUCAGAGAGAUUCUUCUCUCUUUUCUGACUCCUGGUGGUAACCGGCUUCGCAACCAGAUCUGUGAAGUUUUGGACACAGACCUCAUUAGGCAGCAGGCAGAGCACAGUGCUGUUGACAUCCAAGGCCUGGCCAACUAUGUCAUCAGUACGAUGGGAAAGCUGUGUGCUCCCGUGCGAGAUAACGAUAUCAGAGAGUUAAAGGCUACUGGCAACAUCGUGGAGGUGCUGAGACAAAUAUUCCAUGUCCUGGACCUCAUGAAAAUGGACAUGGCCAAUUUUACAAUUAUGAGUCUCAGACCACACCUUCAACGCCAGUUGGUGGAAUAUGAGAGAACCAAGUUCCAGGAAAUUCUAGAAGAAACUCCAAGAAAAGCCGAGGUUGCAGGUGCCUCAUGAGGCUGACCUUGCUUCGGAGCCACAGAGAACAGUCACCGUGCCAGCCUGUGAGAGUGAAGUCUCUGCAGAUCCCUGAGAGAAGAGCCAGCGUUUCUCUCUAAACGCAUGCUCCUUCUGCUUUACCAGUCGUUCUCAAGUCGGACUACAAAUUAGAAUCAUCUGGGGCAUUUAAACACAGAGGCCUGAGCCCUGCCUCAGACAGAAUAAAUCAAAGUCUCCAAGAGCUGUGCCCAUGAACAGUUUUUUCGUUUUAAAGCUCCCCAGGUGAUUCUAAAGUCAGCCAGGAUUGAGAACCACUAUGCCACACUGUUGCUUUUGUUCAAGGUAACUAAAUGGGCUCUUAAAUGUGUCAGCUGUAAAUGAUUAAACUUGCAGUAUAAGUGCUUAUUACUGCCACAUUGUAAUUAUAUUCACGAUGAUGAUUUCCACUCGUGCUUUCUCAGUUGGAUGUCUUAAAUGAAAGACUGCAAGUCUUUUCCAUCUUUAUAAAACAGAACCAGCAAACCAAAAACAACAUUUGCCAACUGAGGAGAAACAAGAGUUGCGAAAUUCUGGGGGUGGUGUUGCUUUAGUGUGGCAAACAGAACUACUCAUAAAUUAUCCCUACUCAAGUGCUGGGUCCCAGGAAGAAUUUCAGUCUAUUUCUUUCGCUCUCGCUCUCUCUCACUCUCACUCUCCCUCUCUAAUCUGCACCUGUAUUCAGGCUGUAUUUCUUGGCAAUUGUCACCUUAUAAAUUCUACCAAAUAUAUAAUUUUAAAAGAACUGUGGUAUAAAAAGCAAUUUGUUUCUAGUGGGAAACCUUAGAACUGGGUCUAAAGCAAAAUAAAGUGAAUUUUGCCCUAAGGCAGACAGGCCCAGUAGAGAAUUACUGCCUCCAAACUUUCAGCCUCCUGGAAUAGCCUUGGCAUGUCAAAUUUCAUUUAGUUCAUGAUGUAAGAGACAUUUUAUUCAAAGUUAGAAGAACUACUUAUGAGCAAAAGUAAAUAAAUACUAUUUGUCAUCUAAGUCCAUGGUUCUCAACAUGGUUCUCUUAGGGGUGAUUUUGCCACUGCCCCCGCCCCACAAUAUUUAGUCAUGUCUGGAGACACUUGGCUGUCCCAUCCUGACAGGGCAGGGUGGGAGGCUGAGGAAGGGCAUCUAGUAGGUAGAGCUUAGGGAUGCUGCUAAACAUUGUAUAGUGAACAGGACAGCACCCAACAGUGGAGAAUUAUCCAGUUCAAAAUGUCACUAGUGCUGAGGUUGAGACACCCUAAAUAAAGAAUCAGAAUGAAUCCAUUUCAUGAUGACCCAAGGAACCAUCUCAUGCUCCAGGAAAAUUUGGGCUUCAAUAAACAAGGAAGUCCAGUGGCUGUUGAGCACUUGGGGGUUGUUUUGUAUUUGGAAUCAGUCUCAUUUCAGCUAGUCAUGGCUGGUGGUGGGUGCUUUCUUCUUCUUGCCUUCUUUCCAUUGUCUAGAGGGAGCCAUUGCCACUUGCAGAAGCAAGCCCUUGCAGAGGCACCUUUUGGAGCAACUCUAUGUGAGUUGUUUGUCAUAGAAACUGUUAAUAUCAAGGGAACUCUGCUAAUAAUAACUAUUAGGCACCUGAUAACCUAUAUUAUAGUAAUAUUUAAGUGCCAUAUGCUUAAAAAUGAAAUGAAUUCAAGUAAAAAACCUCAUUUCCAGUGAUACAUAUUUUUUAUCCAGAAGAACUGAACUUGAUAAACUUGUCUAAAGUGGAAGGACAAUUGAACUGGACAUUGUCUUUAAGGUCAUAGUCUUUAAGGUCAAAUUAAGUAUGACACUAAAGUUCAGUGAUUUCUUCCUUCCUCCCUGCUUCCUUCUCCGUCUCCCAUCUUGCCUUCUGGAAUAACCCUUGCCAAAUACCAGGGAUCAUACUGCAUAAACUAGAUUUUCAGUGUCUGCAUGUUUUCUAGAUAACAUCUCCUUUAAAGCACUGGCUUUUCUUUAAGGGGACCUGCCUAGAUUCUGCUCCCUCAUGCUAGCACACUAACUGGUAUUUACAUACACAGAAAAAG